GUUUAUUAAAAUACUGUUCUAGAAUUAUUUUUCCUCACACCUGUUUAAUAAGAUAAUUCUAAUCAUGAACAUAUAAAACAAUUUAGUUUGCUUUUACACUAAACACGAGAUAAAACAAUCAAUUUUUUAACCCACAUUUCAAAUUAUCAAUAGUUAACCUUUCCCCCGCCAGGUGCACCACCGGUCUUUGCUGAAUUUCACUCGCUUCCAGUUAAAAGUGGGCGUGUUGCUGCCCAGUGAACUCUCUGUGGAUCUGUUUACGUUGGGUUUCUCUCUAUAACAAGUCGAAUUUAUUCAUUAUAUUUACAAAUGUCGUGCCUUAAAUUAUUCAGUUGAGUUUAAAUUAUACGUGGGCCGAAUUUCGAACGAGUUACUAUUAAUCAAGGCUGGAUAGAAAAACUUUGAAACUACCUCUUCAACUACUAAAACUUCAACCAUGACUACGGCUGCGAAGCUAUAUGGAAAAGAUCUCACUGAAUAUGAUGAAAUUGACGUAGACCAAUUACUAUCCCAGCUCUCUCCAGAAGAGAUCAGUAUGCUAGUCAAAGAAGUCGAUCCUGACGAUACCCUUCUCCCACCAUCCCAAAGAUGUUCCUACGAAUGUCAGAAAUCUCCAACUGGACCUUUGGAUAGAAAAAAGUUAAUAGAGCACAUUAACAAACAAGCUUUGGAAACGCCUGACGAACCAGAAUUGAAACCAUACGUCCCUGGAACCAUUCGUGGGAAAAAGUGGAUUCCACCCCCACCUCCGCUCAAAAUGCAAGAAGCUGAAGAGCAAAUAGCCAUUGACCUCGGUGAUGAAUACGAGCAGGCUCUAAGCGAUGCUACACAAGAGGAGAUUAUUGAUCUCGCAGCAAUCCUCGGAUUCCACUCGAUGAUGAACCAGGAUCAGUACCACGCCUCCUUGCUGAACAAGGGCCAGCCCGUAGGCUUGGGCUGGGACGGUAUUACGAAGGCCACCCAGCCUAAAGUUUUCCCGGCUGACCCGCCAAAUGACACAGACGUCGACAAGACUCUGCAAAUGGUCAAAGAUAACAGCCAUGAGCUUACCACCCUCAACUGGAACAACAUCAAGAACAUAUCUGAUGAAAAAUUCACUACGCUGUUUAGCGCUCUGAAAGAAAAUAAUCACUUGGAAACUUUAAAUCUAGUAAAUGUUGGCCUCGCCGAUCGACAUGGUAUCAAACUCGCGGAAGCGUUGGAGAAGAACAGUACUCUCAAAGUCCUCAAUGUUGAAACCAACUUCUUAACUCCUCAGGUGAUACUAAGACUGGUCAAAUCACUCCUUGUUCAAAGAAGUUUAGAAGAAUUCAGAGGGGCGAACCAAAGGAGAUACGUUCUCGGUAACAAGAUAGAAAUGGAAAUAACAAAAUUGGUGGAAGAGAACCCUACGUUGCUCCGCUUGGGGCUCCACUUAGAGUACAAUGACGCCAGGCAGAGGAUCGCGACUCACCUUCAAAGGAACAUCGAUAGGAUAUUACACCAUCAUGAAAAGCCUCCCAAGGAAUUUCAUCCAGAAUACAUUGAACUACCACCAGCAGAUAGCGUAUUAGAGCAACUCCUUGCAAAAAAGAAACCUCUUACAGAGAAAACAAAACAGAAAGUAAUUGAAAAACUACAGGAUAUACCUGACGAAGUGGCCGAAGCCUUUGCUGAAGAGGGUAUCGGCAAUAUCCGUAGACGAUCUAACGUGUUUCAUCCAACUGAAAUGAAAUCAGAAUAACUCUAGAGAGAGGGGAAAAAAGUAGAUAAAUCAAAAUUAGGCAAUCGAGGGCGAGUGCCCAGAACUCGUAGGCAAUCCUUGGGCAAUAGUUGGACGCAUGAGACGAAUGGGUCAUUUUUCUCGGUCCCAUACUGCUGGAUUUUUCCGCCACAUUUGAAUUCAUAUAGAAUCAAUGCCAUCAGUGUUGUUAGCUUUUUUUUACCACAUUAUUACUGUGUGUUUUAAUUUAUAUUUUGGUGUACUUUAUUAUUAUUAAUUUUUUUUUUCUAUGGAUUAUUUACUAUUAUGUCCAUUUUUCCUGAAUAUUUCUAUGAAAAAUUUAAACUUUUAGGGCACAGAGUAAUAUAUAGAGCUAAUUUAAAAAUAAUAUGGGACGUCUCGCAAUCCCGUAAGUUUUGACUGUUGUAUUAUUAUAAGUUUUAUUAUGAAAUCACAAUGUCAAAUCUUAUAAGCUGGUUAAUUAUAACUGAUCGCUUGUAUACAGUUAAUAUAUUUAUAUUGUUUGUUCAUAAAUAUUGAAAAAUAUUGUAAAAAAAAUAUAUAAAUAAAUAAAUAUGUAUUCUAAUGCUUUAUAUAUAUAAAUAUAUUUAAAAAAUGACAUUAGGGUGGCCUACGAGAGAAAAAUAUUGAAGUGUUUUGUGUUCUAGAUUUUCUAUAUUGAUGUAUAUACUGAAAAUUAUAUUAUUUGUUGUAUAUUUGGAUAUUGUCCUCGAUGGAACUUGACAAAUGGAGUGUACCAUCCGUUAAACAAAAAAAUAUAUAUAAAAAAAACCUUUGUGAUUUAUAAUUUGUUACUAAAUGUUCAACUUAACUAUCCUACCAAAAUAAUGGUAAAUAUGAAUUAUAAAUGGUACUUUUCUAUUUUAGUUACCAUUAUGUUACCUUAACUACAAGUUUUCUAUACUGUACUAAGCUCUGUAUUUAACAGAAUAGUUUAGUAGGAGUAAACAAAAGAAAUUGUUAAUAUUCAUGAAACCAAUUUGUAAGUUACAUGCAGCUAUAAAUUCUUCUUUUCCUAUCACUUUCGUAUUCUAGUGAUAACAGUGGAGUUUAAAAUUAUGAAAAAAAAAAUUUUUGUUUCAAUAUUGUCAAAAAAGUGUUGUUGUUUUUUUUAAUUUUUUGUAUAAAUUAUUAUAUACAGUAAUACCAUAAAUAUAAUUUUUUUUUUGUUUUUAUGUGAAAUUAAUCAAAUACAAGAUUUUUAAAUGUAACAUCCUUCUACAUUUUUGUAUUAUUGGAUGUCAAAGGAUUACUGUAUUCAAUAUAUUUAAUGAUAUUGAACCAAAUCAUUUAUUUUUCCAGAAGAAUUUGAUAAUAGAUCCAAAAAAAAAAAUUAUUUCCAUCUUUCCUUUGCUCUGAAUAACAGGCAUUAAGACUUAAUACUGAAGUCACUAUGGAUAAAAAGUGUUAUCGGUAAAACAAAGAAACCUAACUAAAAUAGAACAGUACCUAUGAAAUUAUUAUUAUUAUUAUUUAAUUUGCGAUUGUCAUAUGUUAAUGGAGUGCUUUGCUUGUAGGGUGGCUAUUCGCUUUGAGCAUUACGUAGGUAUUCCGUGUCGUCUUUCAUUCUUCUAAGAAACCUUACAUAAAUUUGUAAUUAUUAAGAUUAAUUUUUCUGUUUUUGAUUUUAUUUUUACAUCUCGUGGAGCAUUUUCAUUUUCUCCUGUAAAUACCAUUAACUUAUCAAUGAAAUAAAUAAAGUUAAGAAAUUCAUCAGAGCUUUUUUUUAUUGUAUCUUUUACAAACUUUAUUUCAUUUUUCAUAAUUAAUUUUUUUUUAAUGAAAAAACUUUCUAACUAUAUAAAAUGCUCCAAAAUCCACAUCUGUGUUAAUGAUAUCAACUAAAAGUUGGUUUAUGUUUCACUGUUUUAAACUUUCUUUCUUGUAAGCACCAUCUUUUUAUUGUCUUAUUUGUGAAGUUCUUGUACUCAGGAUAUUUAAUAAAUAUUAAAUAUUAUUGUAUUUGUUUUAUUAAUUUCCUUUGAAUGGAUUUUAUUGGACAUAUAUUCAGAAUAAUUAUAAAUGUGUAUACAGGGCAUAAUGGAAAUGUCAGAAACUGUGUAAUAGGCCUUAAAUGCAGCGAAAAGUACAUCUAAGGAGUAAAUUUGAAUUUUUAUCAUGAAGAAUGUCAUUUUGGUUUUUUCAUUAUACAGCGAUACCUAUCUUGUUAGGUUAUUUCCCUCAAAAACAAGAAUUAAAUUUUCUGUAUUUUAAGUUUAAGGUAUAAUCAUUUUUUGAAAUAUUAAAAUCAUAGGCAGUAUCAUAUUUUCAUCAUAUAUUUUAUUUUAUGUUGUUUUCUUUGUAUCUACCACAUUAAAUGUCGUUAAAUCUUCAGUCACAUCUGGAUAGUCUUCAUAAAAAUUAAAAUUUACAUAUUAAAGUAUUAACUUAAAUAUUUUAAUAGAUGUUGAUCAAAAGUGUGAUUGUCAUAAUCCUUAUUUUAGUACUGUGGGCUUAUAAACUUUGUAUACAAACAAUAUUUACAUUAAAUAAAAUUACAUCAGAAACCAUAGAAUAAGAAUAGAUCAAAUUCAGCUCUCAUUAGUAGAAUUUGUUUUACCUUAUUUUAUUUCAUAUCUGGCUUAAAAUUUUGAUACUGUUUAUGUUAUGUCAUCAAGCUGCAUGAUUUGAUUCAAAUUGUUCAAGUAACAUUAAUAAUACUUGUGUUUUGGGAAUUGGUAGUUUUUGUACAAAUAACUACAAGAAUAAACUAAAGAGGUUCAUAAUAAAAUGUACAAUUUAUUUUUAAAUAGUUACAUAAAUAAAGAAAUAGUGAUUA